AGCUCCCUGGAUCAAAUACCUCUGUGACAAUCUCACAUGCUUGUUAGUCUUGUUAAUUAUUUUUUUUUUUUUUGGGUUUUAAAAUCGAAUUAAGAUGAUGGGCUCUGAGAACCAGGGUUUUGAAGCAACUCAUCUCUUUGCAUCUCGAGAAGAAAUGGAGAGUCUCGUUCUCGACGAGCCAUCGAACGGAAAAUCCUCCCCUGACUACUGCAGCGCCGUGUCGUCCCUUGCUGAGACUUACCACCCCUUAUCACCGCCCACCGUCUUAGUCGCACCCGGCGAUGAUCCCUUGUUAUCGCCUUCGCCGCGAUCCAAAGACCAUCGAAACCCUAACGUCUCAGAUAAUUCAUAUUUAGAACCCCCAUCUUACGCAGAUGUGAUCUUCAGUCCAUUCGGCGACGAGAACGGCGACUCAAACGGCCACGAGAGCCCCUUGCAGGACUCGGUUAUGUCAGGCAAUUUGUCGAGGUCUGCUUCGUCGAGUUCUGAGUACUUGAAGAUCACGGUUUCGAAUCCUGUGAAAGAGCAAGAGACGUCGAAUUCCCUUGUUCCUGGCGUAAAUACUUAUAUGACUUAUCUGAUCACGACGAGAACCAACAUGCCGGACUUCGGUGGUUCGGAAUUCAGUGUGCGGAGACGAUUCAGAGAUGUGGUGACUUUGGCGGAUCGAUUAGCGGAGUCAUACCGAGGGUUCUUUAUUCCUCCACGGCCGGAUAAGAACGUAAUGGAGAGCCAGGUCAUGCAAAAGCAGGAGUUUGUGGAACAGAGGCGAGUUGCCUUGGAGAAGUACCUGUGUAGAUUGGCUGCACAUCCGGUGGUCAAGAAAAGCGAUGAGCUGAAGGUGUUCUUACAUGUCCAGGGGAAGCUUCCUUUGCCGACGACAACUGAUGUGGCCUCCAGGAUGCUGGAUGGGGCAGUUAAGCUUCCAAUGCAGUUGUUUGGGGAAUCUGGAAAUUUCGUCGCCCCUCAUGAGGUAGUGCAGCCUGCAAAAGGGGGUAGGGAUCUGCUCAGGAUCUUUAAGGAAUUGAAGCAAUCGGUCGCCAAUGAUUGGGGUGGCUCGAAGCCACCAGUGGUUGAGGAAGAUAAGGAGUUCUUGGAGAAGAAAGAAAAGCUGCAGGACUUCGAGCAGCAACUCAGCAAUGCGUCACAGCAAGCUGAAUCACUUGUCAAAGCUCAGCAGGACAUUGGAGAAACAAUGGGAGAAUUAGGUUUAGCUUUCAUCAAAUUAACUAAAUUUGAAACAGAGGAGGCCUUGUAUAACUCUCAGAGAGUAAGAGCUGCUGAUAUGAAACACGUGGCAACAGCAGCCGUCAAAGCUAGCAGAUUCUAUCGGGAAUCAAAUGCUCAAACAGUCAAACAUUUGGACUCACUACAUGAAUAUCUUGGAUUGAUGUUGGCUGUCCACGGUGCAUUUUCGGAUCGCUCAAGUGCUUUAUUGACAGUUCAGACACUUCUAUCAGAACUUUCAUCCUUGCAUUCAAAGGUUGAAAAAAUCGAAGCUGCAUCCUCCAAAAUAUUUGGUGGCGACAAAUCUAGAAUUCGCAAAGUAGAAGAGUUGAAAGAAACCAUAAAAGCUACGGAGGACGCCAAAUAUAUUGCUGUUAGUGAAUAUGAACGCAUCAAGGAAAACAACAGGAUUGAGCUUGAAAGGUUGGACAGAGAAAGACACAAUGACUUCUUGUCCAUGUUGAAAGGGUUUGUAGUUAAUCAGGUUGGUUAUGCCGAGAAGAUAGCAAAUGUGUGGGCAAAGGUUGCUGAAGAUACGAGCGUGUAUGCUAAAGACAUGGAUUGAAGUGUGACUGUAAAUUUAGAGUUUUGGGUUUUUUUUUUAAUCUUUUUCCUUUCUUU